CUCAUCUCCCCCAUGUCCUAAGAAUAACCACCCUUCAAAGAUAUACCAAAUUUUCAAUUUGAUCUUCUCUCGCAACCCCUCCAGCCCCAUUGAAAGGAGGAGGAAGGAUUUUCCAGCUGCAUGUGGCGGCAUUGAGUUAAUAAUCCCCUCCUUUCACAUUCAUAUAUGGCGUGGAAAUGACGAAUGACCCUCUUGGAUUUGGAAUCUUCAUAAUAAACCCUUAACCAGGGAAACAAACCAAUGUCUCCUUACAUAACCCUAAAGUAAAUUACAUUUUUUUGAAUAUGCAUUUCAUUUAUAAGGUUUGUUUAUAGAUGGAGAAAUCAGAGAGGAGGAGCAAGAGAGAAGAGAGGAAAGAGAGGAGAAAAAACCCAAAAUUGGAAUGGACGGGUGGUAACCGGGGAAAAGGGUUUCAUCAAUGCGAGGAUGACGCGGUGGCGUCACCUUCACCGAGGGGUGUGUUUGAGGUUCCGAUUUCGGGAACGGACUCAGACAGCACCGGAAGCAGCAACUACGGCGUGACACCACCGCCACAACGGCCGUCACACGUGAGAGAAGGUGGACAACAAUGGAAGGCAAUGAUAGAGGCGUUGAAAUUCAAGUCUGUUAGGAGAUUCUCUUCCAUUCCUUUGCUUGCUGCUAGCUAUGAAAUGUCCAGGAGGAGCCUGAGGAACAAGCUGGCGCGUAUUCGAACCGCUCCCGUGGAUGAUGAGAAUGAUUGUGAAAUUGAUCUUGACGCCAUUCCUACCAAGGCUUCUUGGAAGAACUUCAGUUAUGCUGACCUCGUUGCCGCAACUGAUGAUUUCAACCCAGAGAACUUGCUUGGAAAAGGUGGUCAUGCAGAAGUGUACAAGGGACGUUUACCUGAUGGUCAAGUAGUAGCAGUAAAGAAGCUAAUGAGGAACGAAAACGAAGCUGAGGACAAAGCUGGUGAUUUCUUAUCAGAGCUUGGGAUCAUUGCUCACAUUAACCACCCAAAUGCAACACGCUUAAUUGGUUUCGGGAUCGAAAGUGGACUCUACUUUGUUCUUCAAUUCGCCCCACAUGGAAGCCUUGCCUCUUUGCUCUUUGGAGGUGAAUGCUUGGAGUGGAAGAUAAGGUUCAAGGUAGCUGUUGGGGUAGCAAAAGGGUUGCAGUAUCUUCAUCAUGAUUGUCCAAGAAGAAUCAUUCACAGGGACAUCAAAGCCUCAAACAUAUUACUCAAUCACAAUGAUGAAGCAGAGAUUUCAGAUUUUGGAUUGGCAAAGUGGCUCCCAGAUAAGUGGGCGCACCAUGUUGUGUUCCCAAUUGAAGGCACAUUCGGGUAUUUAGCUCCAGAGUACUUCAUGCAUGGACUUGUGGAUGAAAAAACUGAUGUUUUCGCCUUUGGGGUUUUGUUACUGGAGCUCAUAACAGGUCGUCGUGCCGUUGAUUCUAAUAGCAGGCAAAGUCUUGUGAUAUGGGCCAAACCAUUGUUGGACGCAAUGAUGGUGAAGGAACUAGCAGACCCCAGAAUAGAAGAGCAAUUUGAUCCCGUGGAAAUGAUGCGCGCCAUUGCAACGGCUUCCAUGUGUGUCCACCACAAGCCCACAAGACGGCCAUUAAUGAAUCAGGUUGUGCAGCUACUGAAGGGUGAAGAGGUGGCUAUUGAACUCAGUCAGAAAUCAAUAGCUCCAAGGUCACUCUUGUUAGAUGCAUGUGACUUGGAAGAUUAUACUUGUUCUAAUUAUUUGAACGACCUCAAUCGUCACAAGCAAUUAAUCAUGGAGAUGUGAUUAGAUCUGUGUACAGCAUUUGUAUCUAUUGAAACUUGUGGAUUGAUAUUUGUAGCAUUGUGCAUGUGGGUGAAGCUGAAAAUUCACAAGCUUGAUUAUUAUUUCAAGCUUGACAAGAUAUCUUAGGCUUGUAAUUUAACAUGAUCUUAUUGCGCUAAGCAUUAGUAAAGAAGGACUCUUAGUUUGUUCAA